UGUAUACGCACGCGCGUACACAUAUAUUUAUCAAUGAGAUUCUAUGCCACGUUGGCGGUUUAGGCGCUGCGCUCUACUCUUGCUAGACCCGUUCGCGAAGAGGCGUUGUUCCGUCGAUCUACCGCGACGAUACCGGGCGAAAUCGUCGAGAAUGCGAGGCCGCCGAACGUGACGAGGUGCUGCGGGUGCGUCAACGCGAGGCUUCGGCAAUUCGAGCCGCGCUGCAGGGUGGGGCGCGAGUAAAAGUGAACAAGGACCGCCGUGGCUCUCCUCGCCCACGGGCCUCGCCGUCAAUCGGCGAUGAUCGUCGAGCGCUGACCGGUGUGCGUCGACCACGAAGACCCACGUCGCUAGUGCGCCACGUUCGAGCUGCGGCGAGCGGCGGUUGUGCCCGAUCGCAGAGUAUUCCUAUGUUAGACAGCGAUGUCGUCGGACAUGAACCUGUUUGACUUCCUGGACGACACGUUUCUCAAGGGGGACGUGAAGGAUGAGCUGUUCGUCGACCACAACUACGGCGACGUCAUCACAGCAGAGGAAUGUCCCACGAAUCCCGACGACCUUUUGGCUUCGUUCCUGAAGCUGGAGGAGGACCCGCACCUCGACUUCAACCUGAAGGACCUGGAGACGAUCGCGUCCUCCUCGUCGGACAGCGGACUCUCCAGCGCGCUGAGCCUCUCCUACGAACAACAGCUGAGUCCAUUCCUGUCGAGGCCGGACCACAAUGAGGAAGAGGAGCUCGGCAAUUCCGACUUGAACAGUCCGCAGAACUUCAUGGACCUCGACCCCACGCCUCCCAGCCCGUCUCUCGGCAGCGUGGACAGCCCGGUCAGGUCUGUCGUGAGCUCGAACAUCGGCUCGCCGACCACCGACGUGGCCGAAGAGAUGGACUGCGAGCAAUCCUUGGUCGCUAUUGUUACGCCGAACAAUAGCUUGAGCACUGCUAUCGCCACGGAACAACCGACGGUCGAUACCGAUUCAGCGCCUAAGCAGCAAGUGCAACUUACGUCGCAAGAGAAUGCCAUAAACAUUCGAAAUCUGACGUGUAAUAACGGAAAGCGAAAUAUUCGACAAUUGAUACGCGUGACUCCGAUGGGUUCCGGUAAUCCGCGGUCCAUCCUACUGCCAGUGAGCCUGAAAGACAUGAAGGAAGUCCGAACUAUUAAGAUCAUGACAACGCAAGCGAAAAACUUGAAAGGCUUCAAGAUCAAUCAAGCGAACAUAAUUAAUAAACCUAUUCAGAUGACUAUCAAACAAGAGGAUUCCAACAGUGACAAAGGUUGCAAUUCCAGUGAUGAAGUGACGUCGGAAACGGACUCGGCUUAUCCGCGACUGAAGUUGAAUGCCGAGGAAAAGCGAUUGUUACAAAAAGAGGGCAUCACAUUGCCCAGCCAUUAUCCGUUGACGAAGCACGAAGAGCGCGAGUUGAAGAGAAUCAGACGCAAGAUUCGUAAUAAGAUAUCCGCGCAGGAUUCCCGUAAGAGGAAAAAGGAAUACGUGGACGGCUUGGAGGAUCGCGUGAAGCAGUGCACAGAGGAGAAUAUAACGUUGAUGAAGAGAAUCAAGGCCUUGCAGUCGCAGAAUCAGAGUCUGGCUGGUCAGUUAAAAAGACUGCAAGCGCUCAUACAAAAGGGCAACAAGAGCGCCCAGCCGGCAACUUGUCUGAUGGUCUUGCUACUUUCGUUAGCUCUCGUCGCCUUACCGAAUUUGCGACCACAUUCCAACAAUAAUAAUAAUGAUCUAACACAAGAGCAGGAGCAACCAGAAAAAUCAUCGCUCGCAGGUCGCUCGAGGACUUUAUUGUACACGAAGCAGCUAAUGGAUGAAGAGCUACAGCAAUACGGCGAGGAGUUGUUGCAGGAGGUCGAGGGCCUUCUGGAUCACGAUUACAGCCCGGUUAUACAGAUGCCUCUCUACAAACGUCCCCGCAUCGACAGCGAAGCUACUCCCAAGUACGUCUCUUCCAUGAAUCACGUGGGAGGAACGCUUGGUUUAAAACCAGAUAUCGCCAUCUCGAAGACGACGAAACAGUAUAUGGAACCACCGCUGGACGAUAUCUGGCCACCGCCGAAUCCGGGCGGGCAGAAGACGGUCAAAGUAGAUAAGCUCGAAGCUCUUACUAACGAGCUCAAGAUUAACAUCUCCGAUACCGAAGGCACUAGAACGGUUCUUGUCAAGAUGCCCCAUGAUAAGUAAGACGGAAUGUGGUUACUUUUUUUCUUGCAACGAUACAGUAGUAUAUCUUUUUAAGUUUAGGAAUUUGCAGUGAUUUGAAAUAUACUUCACCAUUAGAGUGGCAAUGAGGUGACAAGUUUUUUCCGGAAUAUUAAAGUGUUAUCGAUGAACAAUUUCAUUAGAAAUCUUUUAUAUAUCCGUAAAAAUAAUUAUGUUUGAAAAUUAUGCAUCGAUUGUGCGAUCAUAGAGUAUUUUGGCGAAUAAAUAGUGUCUACCUAUA